GCGGACACGGAACGAGAUCGCUGGUGUUUGCGGGUGCUUGCUGCGCUCUGCCCCGCGUGGAGUAGGUCGGGGGCUUCAACGCCCGGCUGCUUGGAGACUCCGCCAUGAGAAGAAGUGAAGUGCUGGCUGAGGAAUCCAUAUUAUGUCUCCAGAAAGCCCUGAAUCACCUUCGGGAAAUAUGGGAAUUAAUUGGGAUUCCAGAGGACCAGCGGUUACAAAGAACUGAGGUUGUGAAGAAGCAUAUCAAAGAAGAAGGAGAGACAACCAUCUUGCAACUAGAAAAGGAUUUGCGCACCCAGGUGGAAUUAAUGCGAAAACAGAAAAAGGAGAGAAAACAGGAACUGAAACUACUUCAAGAACAAGAUCAAGAACUGUGUGAAAUUCUUUGCAUGCCCCCCUAUAACACUGACAGCACCUCAGUCCCCAGCUUAGAAGAGCUGAACCAGUUCAGACAACACGUGGCAACUCUGAGGGAGACAAAGGCAUCUAGACAUGAGGAGUUUGUCAAUGUAAAGAAACAGAUCAUACUAUGUAUGGAAGAAUUGGAUCACACCCCAGACACAAGCUUUGAAAGAGAUGUGGUUUGUGAAGAUGAAGAUGCCUUUUGUUUAUCUUUGGAGAAUAUUGCAACACUACAAAAGUUACUACGGCAGCUGGAAAUGCGAAAAUCACAAAAUGAAGCUGUGUGUGAAGGGCUACGGGCUCAGAUCCGAGAGCUGUGGGAAAGGUUGCAGAUACCUGCAGAAGAGAGAGAAGCAGUGGCCAUGAUUAUGACUGGGUCCAAGGCCAAGGUCAAGAAAGCGUUGCAAUUAGAAGUGGAUAGGUUGGAAGAACUGAAGAUACAAAACAUGAAGAAAGUGAUUGAGGCAAUUCGAGUGGAGCUGGCUCAGUAUUGGGACCUGUGUUUUUACAGCCAGGAGCAGAGACAAGCUUUUGCCCCUUAUUAUGCUGAGGACUACACAGAAAAUCUGCUACAGCUCCAUGAUGCUGAGGUUGUGCGGUUAAGAAACUACUAUGAACUCCACAAGGAACUCUUUGAAGGUGUUCAAAAGUGGAAAGCAAGCUGGACGCUUUUCCUAGAGUUUGAGAGAAAAGCUUCAGAUCCAAGCCGAUUUACAAACCGUGGAGGAAAUCUUCUAAAGGAAGAAAAACAACGUGCCAAGCUCCAAAAAACACUCCCUAAGCUGGAAGAGGAGUUGAAGGCCCGAAUUGAAAUGUGGGAACAGGAGCAUUCAAAGGCGUUUGUGGUGAAUGGGCAGAAAUUCAUGGAGUAUGUGACAGAACAAUGGGAGAUGCAUAGGAUGGAGAAAGAGAAAGCCAAGCAGGAAAGACAACUAAAGAACAAGAAGCAGACAGAGACAGAGAUGUUAUAUGGCAGCGCUCCCCGAACACCUGGCAAGCGGCGAGGAUUGGCACCCAGCACACCAGGCAAAGUUCGCAAGCUGAACACCACUACCAUAUCCAAUGCUACAGCUAAUAGUAGCAUUCGGCCUGUCUUAGGGGGGACAGUCUACCGCUCCCCUGUGUCUCGACUUCCACCUUCUGGCAGCAAGCCAGUAGUCACUGCCACCUGUUCGGGGAAAAAAACACCCCAUGCUGGCAGGUAUGGAGCCAACAAGGAGAACCUGGAGCUCAAUGGUAGCUUCCUGAGCGCGAGAACUUUCAAAGGCUUCCAAAUCUGACGUUACUUCUCGAAUCCUCAAUUCAACCAACAUCCAAUCCUGAGAAGCCCUGAUAAAUAAGCCAGCUGUGGCUUCCUGUGCCUAAAGUGGACCUAAAUAUACAGGAAUGGCUUUAAUUAUUCUUCAGUUUAGGUUUGCUUGAAAGCCUGGAUGGAUUCUAUUACCAUGGGCCUAACUUAAAGAUAUGAACAAAUGUUACAAAUGAAAGUCCCAUCAUAGACUCAGCGGGUCUUUAGAGAUUUUUUUUUUUUUUUUUUGACUCAAGAAAUACAUUAAAACUUAGUUUAAUUUCAGUAAGUGGAAAUUUUAGCAUGAGACCUAGUUUCUUUUUGUAUGCCAUUUCACUUGCUGAAGCAUGAUCAAGGGCUUGUUUUAUUUCACCAUUG